AGGACCCAGCGCUAAGAAACAGGGGGAAGAGAUAUCGGAUAAUGACGAAGACGAGGAAGGAGAUAUACGAGACACAGGAGCUAAGCCGGUCAUGGUGUACAUCCACGGAGGCUCGUACAUGGAGGGCAGCGGGAACAUGAUUGAUGGAAGUGUGCUGGCCAGCUACGGCAACGUCAUCGUUAUCACCUUGAACUAUCGAGUGGGCGUUCUGGGGUUUCUGAGUACCGGAGACCAGGCAGCUAAAGGCAACUAUGGGCUCCUCGACCAGAUCCAGGCCCUGCGUUGGGUCAGCGAGAACGUGGCGUUUUUCGGUGGAGACCCGCAUCGGAUAACAGUUUUUUGGUUCAGGCAUCGGAGCGUCUUGUGUCAGUCUUCUCACGCUGUCCCAUCACUCUGAAGGUCUGUUCCAGAGGGCCAUCAUACAAAGCGGAUCAGCUCUUUCCAGCUGGGCCGUCAAUUACCAACCUGUGAAAUACACUCGGCUCCUCGCCGAGAAAGUCGGCUGCAAUGUGCUGGAUACCGUGGACAUGGUGGAUUGCUUGCGUCAGAAGAGUGCCAAAGAACUGGUGGAGCAAGAUAUCCAGCCGGCGCGAUAUCACGUCGCCUUUGGACCGGUCAUCGAUGGAGAUGUCAUUCCAGAUGACCCAGAGAUUCUCAUGGAGCAAGGAGAAUUCCUCAACUACGAUAUAAUGCUGGGGGUCAACCAAGGGGAAGGGCUCAAGUUCGUGGAAAACGUGGUGGAUGCAGAAGACGGCGUCUCCGGAAGCGACUUUGACUACUCGGUGUCUAACUUUGUGGACAACCUGUAUGGGUACCCGGAAGGCAAAGACACACUUCGUGAGACCAUCAAGUUCAUGUACACAGAUUGGGCUGACCGAGAUAACCCCGAGACUCGACGCAAAACCUUGGUGGCUUUGUUCACUGACCACCAGUGGGUGGAGCCUUCAGUGGUGACCGCUGACUUACACGCUCGGUACGGCUCGCCAACGUACUUUUAUGCGUUUUACCAUCACUGUCAGAGUUUGAUGAAGCCCGCCUGGUCUGAUGCUGCCCAUGGUGACGAGCUGCCCUAUGUGUUCGGUGUCCCUAUGGUGGGCCCUACGGAUUUAUUCCCGUGCAAUUUCUCCAAAAAUGACGUCAUGUUGAGUGCCGUAGUCAUGACCUACUGGACCAACUUUGCCAAAACGGGUGACCCCAACAAACCUGUCCCACAGGAUACGAAGUUCAUCCAUACCAAGGCAAACCGCUUUGAGGAGGUGGCCUGGUCCAAGUACAAUCCGCGGGAUCAGCUGUAUCUGCAUAUUGGCCUGAAGCCACGUGUGCGUGAUCACUACCGAGCCACCAAGGUGGCGUUCUGGAAACAUCUCGUGCCGCACCUUUAUAACCUACAUGACAUGUUCCACUACACGUCUACUACCACCAAGGUGCCACCUUCUGACACCACUCAGAAUUCACAUAUCACCCGCAGGCCCAAGGUUUGGGAAACUAAGCGUCCGGCCGCCUCGCCCACGCUGAAUGGCCCAGCGGGCAAGUGGCACCCUGACAUCGACCAAGUGGACCCGGUUGUCAUCCAGGACCCCAGGGACUAUUCCACAGAGCUCAGUGUCACCAUCGCUGUGGGAGCUUCUCUUUUAUUCCUCAACGUGCUGGCUUUUGCCGCUCUGUAUUACCGCAAUGAUAAGCGGCGUCAGGACACUCAACGCCAGCCUAGCCCACAGCGGGCCUCAGCCACGCGGGAUCCAGCACACAGCCCAGUACCUCCUGAGGAGCUCAACUCACUGCAAAUCAAUGCUGGACACCCUGAUUGUGAGGGAGGAGGAGUCACCGGCCAUGACAACCUGCGUCUCGCCACACUAUCUGACUACACCCUUACAUUACGUCGUUCCCCUGACGACAUUCCACUCAUGACACCUAACACCAUCACCAUGAUCCCAAACUCUCUGGUGGGACUUCAAAGCCUUCACCCCUACAACACCUUUUCUGCAGGCUUCAACAGCACCGGUCUCCCCCACUCACACUCCACCACCAGAGUAUAG